AAGCGCCAAAGCCAAAGCCAAAGCCCCAAAGCCAAAGCGCCAAAGCCAAAGCCAAAGCGCAAAGCGCCAAACCAAAGCCAAAGCGCCAAAGCCAAAGCGCCAAACCAAAGCCAA